CUGUCUUUCCUUUUCGACCAUGGGAAACAGGAAGGCCAAGGGCAAGAAGUCGUUCCGAGCAGCGGCCAGCGGGACGAAAACUCCAAUCAUGGCGACACAUACUUUUCAAUGGCCAGAUCCAACAGCGAGCGAGGUUUACGUCACGGGUACAUUUGAUAACUGGUCGCGGUCGGUGAAGCUGGAAAGAAGUGCCAAUGGGUUUAGGAAGGACGUCGAGGUACCGAGUAUUGGGGGAAAGAUACUUUAUAAGUUUGUUGUCGACGGUGCCUGGAAGAUAGACCCCGCUGCCCUUCAAGAAGACGACGGCCAUAAUAAUACCAACAACGUUCUCCUCCGCCAAAACAUUAAAAAACUACCACCCACGGACGACACACCUGCGCAAACUUCAACGCCAACUCCCCCAACAAAGAAAGAAGCCGCAAAAACCAUGUCUGGAGGAGUAACACCAGAAUCCACAACCGCAGCCCUAGCCGCAGGCGUUCCCAAAGAGUCAGACAAGGCUCGAGAAACAGAAAUGGGUGCUCCUACUAUUUCAUCUGUUGCUCCAGAUUCAACCACCGCUAAUCUGGCGAAAGUGGUCCCACAAGAGAACAGCAAGGAUUCGGCUCCCGGAGCUUUCCCAGUGACACCCGGAGAAUCGGAGAAGCUCUCAGUCAGCCCAAUCCCAGCGACGGAAGGUAUUGGCAACCCGAUCCAUCUCGAGCCGGGUCAAGCGGUCCCUGACCCUAGCACAUACACAAAAAAUACAAUCAGUUCUACUGUCAGGACGGAUAAGGAAGGAUACGAGAAUGCUAGUGCUACAGGUGCGGCCACUAUCCAUCCAACCAACGGCACCAAUGGGGUCACGGCUCCCUUCAUCCAAUCCAGCGCUCCCAUAUCAACCACUGCCGCUCUCGCCGGUGCUGUGCCGCUCGAGACUACCAACUCCCAUGCAAACGGAUCCAGCGAACCAGAAGUUGCUGCCAGCAACGUCCCCGUAACGGUCAAGAAGUCGUUGGAUAAAGCUCACAAGGAACCAGAAGCCGCAGGCGACCCCGCUGUUGUCCAGGAGAAGAAGGAGGUUGAGAGGGAGUUGCUCGGAAGUGUGGAACCUGCUGGAUCUGCCUCCACUGGUGCACCCGCAGUGGUUCAAGACUCCAUCGAAAAAGCGCACUGGAACCCCGAAGCCGCGGCUGUGCCUCAAACUGUGGCUGAGAAGAAGGAGGUUGAGCAGGAGCUGCUGCACGAUGUGGAGCGCGUUGAUGCAUCUGGCGAACCUGCACCAAACACCUCGCAGGGAAACCAAAUUGGGUCUGUCUCGCCGAAAUCGCAGCCGGUAGCCCCCGCUGCGGCCGCGGAUUCCGCAGGAACCCCAGCAACCGGACCGGCACAACCAGCUGUCACGGCGGGGCCCGAAACAACUUCCGCGUCUGCAGCUGCCGGAAAUUCUUCCAGUUCCAACGCCCCUGCGGCUGGGGAGGGAGAAGCGACCCCGGCGGCAGCGACGGAUGAAGCCAAGAAAAAGAAGAAGAAGGACCGCCAGCGCGCUCUUCUCGAAGUUGAAGGAAAAAUUUUAAGUGGGGGGGGGACCGGGGGAAUUGGAAAUAAUGGGGGGAGCCCCCUUUUUUUUUUUUUUUUUGGGGGGGGGGGGGGGGGGGGGGGAGGAAAGAAAAAGGAAAUAAAGCUUGAAAGAAACGAGGCCAGGUCAGACGAGGAAAUGAAGAACGGAUUGGAAAUGACGAAAAUGGAAAGGAAAAUGAAAUCAAAGGGGCAAUGA